GGGGAAGGCAUGGGAGGAGGGAUUGAGGGGAGGAAUAGAGGGAGGCAGGGAGAGAGAAAAGCAGCAGGCAGGCGUUAGAGCAAGCCAGAGUGGGAGUGAAAGAGCAGCAGACUGCAGGGCUGAAAGAGAGCGAGAGAGAGAGAGAGAGAGCGAGAGCUGGAGAGAGAGGGAUAAGGAACGAGACAGAGGCAGCAAAUGAGAGAAAGAGAGGGGAGCACGCGCGCCCGCAAGAGAGAGAGAGAGAGAGUGUGUGUGUGCGCACUGCACAGAUCGAAACCAGAAAGGAGAGGGAGCAGGAGUGUGUGUGUGUGCGUGCGUGCGUGAGCGAGUGUGUGGGAGCGAUCAAGCGGUCGGAGUGCUCGGUAAUGGAGGUGCAGUCGGAGUGCGGGGAGCCCCCCGCUGACCCCCAGCCCACGGGGAAGAUCAACAAAGCCGCCUUCAAGCUCUUCGGCAAGCGACGCACCGGCUCGGGGAUGGCCGGCUUCUUCUCCUUCAGGAACAAAGGAGCCGUGAGCAACGGGAAUCCUUCCUCCUCCGAGAACGGCCACGGAUCAACGGCGGCGGCGGCGGCGGCGGCGGCGGAACCAGCGGUCCCUGUGGAGCUGGUGCGGAGCAAGACCCACGACGGGCUCCCCGCGGGGCCCGACGGCCCGGGCAGCGGAGAGGCACUGGGGGGAGGAGGUGGAGGACGAGGAGGCGGCGGCGGCGGAGGCGUCGGGGGCAGCCUGGAGGCCGUGCCCGUACGGUCGCUCAGCAAGUCCUUCAGCUUCUUCUCCUUCCUCCGCCGCGGCAGCCUGAGAACCGCCGAGAGCGGGGGGGCGGGGCUGGCCCGGCGGGGGCGGGGCCUGAAGGGCUUGUUCAGCAGCAUGCGCUGGAGACGCGGCCGGGAUAGGACGAGCGAGGCGGACGGGGGCGGCGGCGGCGGCGGGGAGGGGGCGGCGCCGGCGGACGAGGCCCGGGAGGUGGAGGUCGCCCAGGUGGAGCAGGGGGCGGACAUCACGCUGACCCUGGAGCCCCUGCCUCACCGGCCCCUGGAGGACGCCUCGGACCCCGAGCCGUGUGCCCACCACCAGACCCACGACUCCUCCCCCGGCAGCGUCUCGCCGCAGUUCGCCGCCUCGGCGGACGACGCCGGCGCCGACUCCUCCAGCCCCGCCUUCCCCUACACGCCCACCGACUCGCCGCUGCACGAGCCCCGAGGCCCCGAGGCCCGUGCCGGCUCCGGGGGCGCCGCGUCGCUCGCCACGCCGCAGCCGGAGCGCCGCGGCGGUGCCGCCGCGGCCGACCCGCCGUCGGAGCCGUCGGUGGACCGCCUCUGCUCGCUGCUCUUCACCGACGUCACCUCGCUCAAGAGCUUCGACUCGCUCACCGGCUGCGGCGACAUCAUCGCCGACACCGAGGAGGAGGUGCUGAGCGGGGCCAACGGCGGCAGCGGCACCAGCAGCAGCAGCAGCGGCGGCGGUGGCGGCGGCAACGGCAACGGGAACGGCGCCAGCGCGGAGGAAGGAGCCACGGGCAGGAGAACGGCGCCCACCUCUCAGGGAUCUCCGGCCAGGCGCCCGCUGCCCUCCUCCCAGUUGACCCGCUCCGCCUUCUCCUCCAUCGCCAGCUCGCCGCCGCCCUCGCUGCCGUCCCGGGCGCAGGUCUCCCCCCCGCAGCCGGAGCACGUGACGGGCAGCGGCGUGGUCGCCUACAUGGGAGGAGGGGAGGAGAUGGCCAGCCCGGAAGGGGUGGACGACGCCGACAUGCAGGGGCUGUGGCACAUGCUGCCCUCCACCGGGGACAACUCCCCGGCUCUUCUCAGACCCCACCAGGGAGCCACCACCGCCCUGUCCGUCAGGGACCGCAAGACCCCCCAGGUGAAGACCCUGGGCCUCAGCAAGAUCCCCGUGGUCGGAGCGGCAGGGAGCCGCGGCACGGCGAAGCCCCCCCCCCCAGCGGCCCACCAUCACACGUACGCCGCCCGCCAGCCCACCUCGCCCGGCGAGAAGGAGCUGCUCAGCGACGAGGGGUACUGGGACACGCCCACCGCCACGCCCACCGCCACGCCGGUCGACGAGGGGAUCCAGCGCAGCGAGAGGAUCAUCCUGUCGCGGGACAGCUGCUCAGGGGACAACCUCUACGACCUCUACAACGACCCGGAGGAGGAGGACAAGGAGGACGACCUGUCCAGCACGCCGUCCCCCUCGACCGAAUACAAACUCAGCCCCUCUUCGCAGACCACCCCGCCGUCGUCCUCCUCGUCGCCCCCGUCCUUCCGCUCGCUGAAGGGGAGCACCAGCCUGCCCCGGGACUCCAAGAUCCCCCUGAGCGUCCGGCAGUCCCCGCCGCCGCCGCACUCCGUCAGCCAAUCGUCCCUCCCCUCCGUCCUGGAAGCCAGCGCCGCGCAACCAAAGACCCAGGCUCCUCCCCCCGCACGCACGAGAAUCCCCGUCUCCAAAGUGCCAGUACGGCGCUCCGGACAGAACAAACCGGGAAACGCUUCAGGGGUACCGCCCACAGGAAGUAGUUUGCCUCAGCGGGGAGCCGUUGUCCCGCCCCCCCCCCGCCCCCCCCUCUGGACCUACAUUUAUAUAUCUCUAGACUGCUGUUACGACCGAGACAAGUGUUUUUCCCCAGACGAGGAAAAUGUUGAACUCCGGAGUCAACGGCCAAUAAAUUCCUCAAACAUCCUCAAAAAAUAAGCUGUUCCCAAAUGUUUUGGGUCACGGCCGUCUCCAGGAGCCUCUCAAGUUCUUUUUUUCUACUUCACUUGUGAAAGUCACAGGUACAUGCCAAAAACUGGUCUAUGAGCAUUUGUUUGAAAACCCUGGGAGCUUGAGAGGUUAACUCUUGACAAUCCGCUGACUUGGAAGUACUGAAUGGAAGAGCUGUUUUGAUUUGCUAUCUCCAUUUCCAGGCAAUUCUUUUUUUUCACAUUUUACUGCACCUUUUUUUACGACUUUUGCGUGACACGACUAGAUUUGUGGACGAUAGGGCCUGAUCAAAUUGAAGCCGUUUAUUUGUCAUUUGAACUGUAACAAACGACCUGCUAACCCUCUGAUAUUAUAGAUCCAACUUCUGAUCCUCUUUUCAUAAAACAGUCCCAACAGAUUUAGUGGGACUGACCCGUUUUUUGAAAGGCAAUAUAUAGUUCUUUUUUGAAGUAGGUCUAUCACAGAGAACGCAUACUGGCAUAUUAGCAUACACAUUAAGAACUGGGAGAUUCAAAUCUUCGACUAUCUCCCACUUCCCAGCAGGGCGACUAUCCUUGUAUGGAAGCAUCCCCUGCCUUACAUCUGCUGUGAUAUCCUUCCUCAGUGGGAGAGAAGGCAUUUCCCUGAACUGACAGAUCCAUCCUUUUGUUUUUGUUUUCGUUCAGUGUGGUUAUCCUGGAUGGGGAUCAGCUGCCUGGCGGAGUGAGAGCUCGGUUUAAAUCACAUUGUAUUGUGGGAAUAAAUCUGUUGGAAUGUCAUUAUUGCUUGGAUGGACCACCAAGGAAUUCUUGCCAAUGGAAAUCAUUGCAAUAAUCAAAAACUGCACAGCUGCAAUGGUGCUCUGAAUUGCACAUACACAUUAAUGCACCCCCCCCCCCCCCUUCUCAAACAUUCUCUAACUCUCUGCCUCUCUAACUAGCGAAACCCCCAAGGCAACAACAGUCAGGGAAACUCCUUUAAUCCUGAAGGAUGCUACAUUUAUACACAACAACAACACAUUAUUAUUCAAUUUUUGGACUCUUUUGAACUCUCUUUUUGUAGCAAACCCUGAGGGACUUUCGUCUCUGGGGGGAAGAAUUACACUUAGAACAUGCUUUUGCCCUAUUUAAAAAUGUCUUCUGGCACUGGUUUUAAACUUUGUUUUUCUAGCUUCUGGCUUCUUUACUAACACUGCAUGGACGUCAACUGUGAAUGCACCAGCUUCCCAAUGGGCUAUUUUCCCCAGAUAGGAGGGAAUCUGUACCCCUUCCUUUCAAUUGAAAGUUCAGUUGAUCAUAGGCGUUGGCCAAACAUUCAGACUAAAUCAGUGUUGUAAAUUGAUUGUGGUAAACUACCGAUUUAUUUGGUUUAACUUGGUUCUUUUAUAUGAAUUCUUUCCAAUCUGCCUCAAAAACUAUGCCGAAAAACACACACAGAGAUUAAAUCGCACUUCCCUCCUCCCUGCAUCCGCAUCGUCAGUAUUCCACCCUCAUUUGAAAGAACAAGAUUCUUCCACUUUUGAUUUGAAAAAACACCAGAGAUGUGUGUGAGAUUUGAAUGUAGGUUGACAUUACUGUAGACAACAGCGUUGUUUUUUCUUGAGAGCCUCUUUUUGUGGGCGGGAGUGGCAGUUGGUUUUAUUUAUCUAUUUUGGAAUAAGACAAACUGCUGUGUACAGCCUUACUAAGCACUGACUGUUUCAAACUGUUGGGUGCUCUGCCUGAAAAAGGCCUUUGUAAGCCAUUCAGUGAUGUAACCAGAGGAUACAAAGUCGUUUCCAUCUCUUUUCAUCUCCAUUGCAAUUUCUUCCUUCUUCAAGACAUCUGAUCAAUGGAAAUAAUCUACUGUGCAGGUCUUUCUGACAAUAUGCUCGAGUUCUACCAGUCAUAUGAUAGGACUGGAAUUAUCUUUGUACACUUCUGGAGAAUCAGAUAAUGUGAGGGUCUUAAUGUGUUAAGGCAAGACGGAAUCUGAUCUCAAUCUUGAAGUUGUGCUUUUUUUUUAGAUGAUGGUUAUGGUACAACUGUGGACACCUUUCACUGUAUAAUCAGUUUUUUAUGUAUUUUUUUUUAACUUUUCAAGUUUGGUGACACUUUACAAAAAGGGUGCAUUCAUUUAACCAUUAAGUUAACCAUUAAUUUACAUUAGUUAAGCAGUAUUCAGCAUGAUAAUAUAGGGUAAGGGUUAGGGUUAGCAUUAACCCUAACCCUAUCAAAUAAUAUAUAAAUUAAUACCUUUGUUAACAUGAACAACAUAAGAAAACAUGAACACCAUUACUAAAUGUUUACUUGACACAUAAUCUAAUUGUUAGUUAAUGAUUAUUACUGCAUUAACUAAUUUCAAUUGAUGGUUAAUCACCCUUAUUGUAAAGUGGAACGUAAGUAUUUAUGAAUCUGGGCCACUGGAAUGAUGCACAUUUUCUUCUUCUAAAUGUGUGUGUGUGUGUGUGUGUGUGUGUGUGUGUGUGUGAUUUUGUUUCGUUUGCUGUUGAGAGUGGAAAUCAUUCCGUUCUCAGAUAUUUAAUUAAUAAACUCCUUUGUUUGUGCUGACAAA